AUGUCGCUCUCCAAAGUCAAGCACAUUGUGCUGGUCUUGUCAGGCAAAGGCGGCGUUGGCAAGUCGUCAGUGACGACUCAACUUGCACUGUCCCUAUCACUGGCCGGUCAUUCGGUCGGCGUUCUCGAUGUCGAUUUGACGGGCCCUUCCAUUCCCCGCAUGCUGUCCAUUGAGGCCGAGAAAGUAAAACAGGCCCCUGGAGGCUGGCUCCCUGUGCCGGUCCACGAUGCCGUCGAGGAAAAGGGUAUCGGCUCGUUCCAUGCCAUGAGUCUCGGUUUCCUGCUACCCAGGCGAGGCGACGCCGUUGUCUGGCGUGGGCCCAAGAAGACGGCCAUGGUUAGGCAAUUCCUCUCCGACGUCUUGUGGGACGAGACCGACUACCUGCUCAUUGACACGCCACCGGGCACAAGCGACGAGCACAUCUCCCUGGCUGAGACGCUUCUCCGCGAUGCUCGCCCUGGCCAGGUGGCCGGCGCGGUAGUUGUUACGACACCUCAGGCGGUGGCGACGGCCGAUGUCAAGAAGGAGCUCAACUUUUGCGUCAAGACUGGGCUCAAGGUGCUUGGGGUUAUCGAAAAUAUGAGCGGCUUCGUCUGUCCGCAUUGCUCCGAAUGCACCAACAUCUUUAGCUCCGGCGGAGGCGCCGUCAUGGCUCAAGAGUUUGGGGUGCCUUUCCUCGGCACCGUUCCCAUCGACCCUCAGUUUGGCGAGCUAGUCGAGUCCGGCAGGAGACCGGUGUACCCUCAAGGAACACAGGUUCGUGGACAUGACAUCGGUCAGGCUAAAACCGGGGGUGAGGCCAGGGGCGACACGUUGGUCGAGAAAUACCAGGACUGCUCGCUGUCUCGCAUUUUCAGCGACAUCACGACAAACUUGACGGUCACUAUUGAAACAACAGCCCAAUCAUGA